CUGACGACAAGUAAUCACAGAAACAAGGAGAUAAUUAAACCACAGAAUAGAUUAAUUAAUAUUAGAAAUUAAUUAAUCUAUUCUGUGAUUAAACUAUCGCAGUAAAUCACGCAUUUUUGAAUUAAUCUAGAAAAUCAAUUCAUGUCUACGAACUAUGAACGUUUCGGACAUCGUACACAAUAAAACAGUUGAUAGUUAGAUAUUCGAUUUCUGUAAAUCUAAACCGUGUACUGCCAACAGUCCAACUAUGCUGCCAUCGAUCGCACAACAGCCAUCAAAUCAAACGCUGAGGCUCGUUGACAAAGAUCGGCUGGUCGUCCAACGCGUCCGCGUGAAAGCUCACGAUAAACUGAUAUCCAAGUCAGCGGAAGCGUCCAAUUCGCAGCAAAAUGUAUUGGAUAACUUGUGGGACCUGUCGGCCGAUUUUAAUUUUAGUCAGAAUUCGAACAACGAUGAACUUUUGGAUCUGGGCAACAGUCAAACGUCUUCUUUUUUUCGUCAAGUAUCCGGCGACGAUAGAGUCUCGUGGGAAGAAGAGAAAAAAAACACCUCCCCUUAUUAUAAAACAAUUAAUGGCUUCGGAUACUACUCUUGUGAUUCGUGCCCAUUCCUUUGUUUAAAUACUAAAUUAUUUUUAGAACAUAAUGAAAAAGACCAUCAUAUUAAUCAUGCUCCCCUAAAAUCCCUAUUGAGAAUCAAAUGCAUUGGCUGUGAUAAUAUUUUUUAUUCGCUGAAUGUCCUUCGGUGGCAUUUGAUUGAAGAUCAUGAUGUUUUAUCUUUUGAAGUUGAUGAAUUAAUACAACUUGUAGUUGAAGCUAAUAAAGAAGAUACUUUAUACCUAAAUGAUGGAAUGUCUCUGAAAAUAACUGAAAACAGUAAUCCAACGGAUUUUGAUGAUACUAAUGAAACAAUACUGGACACUUCAGAUUUUGGUCAAAAGUCACAUAUCAUUGAUACUCAAACACACAUUACAAAAAAUGAUUUUGUUGAUGAUUGUUAUUUAAAUGGAACUUGUGAAAACAUUUGGGAUUAUCAAGAACAAGUCUUCAACGGACUUCAACAACAUAACACUGAUAACGACAAUAACACAAUAGAAAAACGUUUAAGGUGUACGUUUAAAACUUGCAAAGUUAAAUUUAGAACAGAAGAAAAUUUGAAAUAUCACACAAAAUGCCAUUCGGAUGAUGGAUUUCGAUGUGCCGAAUUUGAAUGUCUAUAUACCGAUACUAAGUGGUUAUCUAUGAUGUCUCAUUUAUGGAAAAUACAUAGUAUAGACUUAGAAAUGUUCAGCUGUAAUCAAUGUGGUUUUAAGACCAACAGCCUGUACAAAUUGAAUACGUUUCACAAGAAAAUACACAUGAAAGAAAAACCAUUUUUGUGCCCGGAAUGUAAUAAAGGUUUCAAAUCUAUCAAACAACUCAGGAACCACAAAACUAUCCACACGAAGAGCGAGAAACUUCCGAGGACCGACCUGACGUGCCUACACUGUUCCAGGGACUUCUCCACUAAAAAUCUGUUGCACCAGCACAUCUCCAGCAUACACAUACGAGUGCGACCUCACUCGUGCAUGGUGUGCGGCUACACCACGGCCGUGGCCAGUUCGCUAAAGCUUCACAUGCGCAUGCACACCGGCGAGAAGCCGUUCAGGUGCGAUGAGUGCGGCUACUCCACGGCAGAUCACAACACACUGAGAAAGCACAAGAUGAGGCACACCGGCCAGAAGAACUACACUUGUCCGCUGUGCAACUAUUCCUGUAUACAAGCCUCGUCAUACAAAAAACAUCUGAAAACCAAACAUCCUGGGAUGGAUGAUGGUAUCAUGUACAGCUGCGACAUGUGCAAUUUCAAGACUAUCCGUAAAGAUAUGUACAUGUUACACAUUGUCAAGCACAAGGAAGAAAAACUACAAAAUAACGGUAUAUGCGAACCACUUGUCAGCUUGGACGAGGUUUUGUUAUUCGUUAUUUUAAUUGUAUCAAUAGCAACAAGUUCAGGGGAUGAUUAUAUACAAACUCAAAGCAAUGAAGAUGUACAGGAUGAACCAAUUUAUAGCAAUCAUAAAUAUAUUGAUGAUGAUUCAACUGGUUCCAUACAAAAAUACCAACCAGGGAGAGUUCAAAUAAAAGUCUAUAGAGGACCAGACGUAAUUGAAAACGAUGAAUCAUAUGCAGCUCAUGGAUUCUGGGUCAAGCAACCAUCUGAGGACUAUUAAUGUUAAUUUAUAAUUUUGUAUAGAUUUGAAUUGUAUUAUAUUAUUAUUUGUCACAUUUU